CAAACAUUCAGCACGCGUACGGAGCUGCAACUAAAAGAAAUAAAUACUUAAAUCAGUUAAAACAAAGAUGAUUUCUAAUAUUUAUCUUUUUUAUUUACUUUUUCUAAUGGUGACUCUUUGCAAAGCUAUACCAAACAAAAUAACAAAAUGUCACUAUGGAGAUGAGAAAUGUAUUAUAGAUUCGAUGAAUUACGUUAUAAAGCAUUAUCCGAAAGGAAUACCUGAAAUCGGACUAAAACCAAUUGAUGUGGUCGAUAUAGGAGAUGCGCGACUUUUAGAAACCGAUCAAUCUGCACCAAUUUGGAUGCGUGUGAAAUUAACUAAACAAGUGAAUUAUGGAUUUGAGAAUACAACAAUAACGAAAGUUGAGGGCUUCGAAAAGGAUCCCACAACCACACAUCUAACGAUCUCUGGUCGAAUACCCAGUUUGGUUCACAAGGGUUUAUUCCAUGCGACGGGUCAUAUUGGAUUUCUUACAAUGAAUCUAACGGGUGAAUCCACUUCAGAAUUUCAGAAUUUGCGAUUCACCCUAAAACUGAAAGGUACGACUGAAUUUCGUAAAAAUAAACGUUAUCUAAAGAUCUACGAGCUAGUGCCAAGUGUCCAAAUCGAUCGCUGGAUUCUAUGGAUGGAAGACCUUUUUAAGGAGAACAGCGAUUUGACGAUUUUUAUAAAUCGUAUAUUUAAUAAACACUGGCUUGAGGUCUGGAAUGAAUGGGAAUUGCCAAUAUUAGAUACAUUUGCCGGUGUUUUUCUGGGCAUGAUAAAAGACAUAUUCGAUAGGAUCUCGUACGAUGAUUUGUUUCUGCCCGGUCUUGAUCGAAAUAAAGCUUUAAAAGUUACAAAGCAACCAGUGCUAUGAAUAAGCUAAUCAGAACAGGAAGCUUUAACUAGACACACUCGAGAAAAACAUGUUAUGACUAUAAGUCAAUUAACGGGUUUUUAUAACAGAGUAUUAUUCAAUUCUCACGUUCGCUUUAAUUACAGAGAUUAAACAGAAUUAAAGAUUGUAGACCAAAAUUAUGUGUGUAAUUAUGUAUCGAUAAUG